AUAGGUCUAGAAAAACGUGGCGAUUGAAUUUUUUAUAUUCAUAAAAUCUACUGAUAAAUGAUAAUAGAAAACAAAUUAUUAAUUGUCUAUUAUUUUGAUGUGUAAUUUACAUAUUUUUAUUUUCAUAUUUUAUUAAAAGAAUUGAAAGUUAUAAUGAAUUAUAACGAAAAUCUAAGUAAUUUGAACUAUAAUAGUAGUAGUGGCAGACGCCUCACUAGACGACCGAUGGAAACUCCUGGUUUAGAUGUAAAUAAUACACCAAUGGCAGGACCAUCUACCAACGAUUCAUAUUUUUACAGUCAGCCAUCGCAUUAUAUGCCUUCCUCAGAUUCUCAAUCACAGUCAUCUCAACAACAAUUUUACUAUAAUGACUUUACAUCCAUGCCUUCUCAGCCUCAACAGGGUUAUAGCCAAAAUAAUUUUGGAUAUUCUGUACCUUCUCAGAUUAACAAUAUUCAACAGGGACAAAAUUAUGAAAUACCAAGUCAAAGGCCUCAAAUUCCUCAACAGUCGCCUUCUAUGUUUAUUCCAUCAAGUAACAUUGUUGAUGCUUUUGGAAAUAAUCCACUAUUAGCUGGUGCAACUGUUCGAUAUGGCCAAAAAAUAAUUGGUCAAGUAGUUGAUGAAAAUGUUGGCAAAUAUACUAGUGGUAUUAGUGCAGAAAUUAAACGAUAUUUUGCUGUUGACACUCGUUAUGUUAUCAGUAAAUUGGUUUUAUUGCUGUUUCCAUUUGCAAGAACUGAUUGGUCAAUUAUUUUGGAGUCAAGAGGUGAUACUAAUAGUCAUCAACGUGCUGGACCAAAGACAGAUAUAAAUGCUCCUGAUCUUUAUAUACCAACUGUUUCAUUUGUCACAUAUUUAUUAUUUUUGGGACUUAUUCUUGGAAAACAUGGUCAGUUUAGCCCUGAAUUAUUAAGUGUCUAUGCUUCACGUGCAUUAGCUUGGGAAGUAUUUUUGGUUGCGAUUGAGGUUUUUGUAUUGUAUGUGACAAAUGUUCAUAGUUCUUUAAAAACUUUGGAUCUUACUUCAUACUCUGGAUACAAAUACUUUGGCAUUGUUUUAUGUGUUCCUGUUGGAUUACUUUUUGGAGAAACAUUGUUUUAUAUUACUCUUAUAUAUUCAAGUGUUGCAUUUAUGUAUUUUUUGUUAUUUUCAAUGCGAUGUCAAUUAAAUUCAAUAGUUCCUGAUCCUAAUGUAAACCAAACAAUUGUUAUGGUUGAAUAUAAGCGUAAAAGGACACUUUAUUUUGUAAUAAUGGCUGUGAUGGUUCAACCCAUUACAACAUGGUAUCUUAUAUCAAGUUUGACAUUUGCUAUGUGAAAAUUUAAUAGAAACAAAAAUGUUUAUCUAAUUUUAUGUUGUACAUAUUACUGUUUAAUAUUGUGUAUUACUUGUAUUUAUUCUGUGUUUUCUAGUGAUAUUAGUGAAAAAAUGAAUUGCAUGAUUAAAAGCAAUAAUUCCAAU